AGCUUCUGAGAGAGAGCUGAUCUUCUCACUUGUUGCUAGUGUUUUGUUUUGUGUCUCUAUAGUCAAUAGUUUUUCCUGUUGCUCAUUUUCCCUCAUGUGUUAGUUUUUAUUUGUUGACAUUAUGAUUUUAGGUAGGAACACCAGCUUGUUCAGUCAGUGCCAUGGUAAAGGGCUACUCAGCCUCAGACAGUUGAGUUCCUCCAGAGGAGAACCAAGUCAACCAAUUCCUGGUCGCAAGCCUAAAUAUGUUGAUGCCAAAGAAGCCUUGUCUGUGCUCAAAUCAGGUGAUUUGGUCGCUAUGCAGGCUGUUGCUGGUGCCCCGAAAGCUUUAGCCAAAGCUAUGCUAGAAGUUGGUGUUGCUAACAAUCUUUCUGACAUCAAGGUUUAUCAUCUGAUGUCCUUAACCAUUCCAGAUUAUUUGAAGCCAGAGUAUUCCCAUAUAUUCAGGGCUAGGGCUCCUUUUCUCAGCGGAUUAGACAGAGAUGCUGUCAAUGCUGGUCGUGCGGACUAUAUACCAAUGUUUCUUUCGGAAACCCAUUUGUUAUGGAAACGAGGUAUCUUAAAGCCAAAUAUCACCAUGCUUCAAGUAACUCCUCCUGAUGAACACGGUUUUCACUCAAUGGGACCAUCGGUUACCAGUACUCGAGACGCAAUCAAAGUAUCUGACAUAGUCAUUGGUGAGGUAAAUCCUCGUUUGCCACGAACCUUUGGUGAUUCUGUGAUUCAUGAGUCUCAAUUUGAUUAUUUGGUUAAAAAUGAAAGUGAAGUAGAUGCUCUCAACCCAAAGCCAUUGACCGACGUCGAGAAAAAAAUUGGUAAAUAUAUUGCUGAAAACUUGAUUGAAGAUGGAGCUACUCUUCAAAUGGGCAUCGGUGGUAUUCCGGACGCUGUUCUUGCCCUAUGUAAUAACCACAAAGAUUUAGGAAUUCAUACUGAGAUGUUUUCCGAUGGAGUUAUUCAACUUAUAAAUAAUGGUAACAUUACAAAUCGGCUGAAAAACGUUGAUAAAGGUUUUUUAGUUACCACAUUCCUCCUCGGUUCAACUCGAUUUUAUGAUUAUUUCAACAAUAAUCCUUAUUUAGUGAUGAAAGAAGCUGCUUACACCAAUGAUCAACAUGUAAUUGCAUCCAAUCCUAAAGUAACUGCGAUAAACUCGUGUAUCGAGAUUGAUAUUACUGGACAAGCUGCUUCUGAUACACUUGGAGCUAAAAUUUAUUCAGGAUUUGGAGGGCAAGUUGAUUUCUUACGAGGAGCUGCUUUAUCAUACGAUGGCAAAGGUAAACCAAUUUUGGGCCUUUCCUCUACCACAAAUAAAGGUGAAUCAAAGAUCGUCCCAUUCCUUAAAAAUGGAGCUGGAGUUACCUCAACAAGAGCUCAUGUCCACUAUGUAGUGACUGAAUAUGGAAUCGCUAGUCUUUUUGGAAAAAACAUCCGUCAACGUGCCUACGAAUUAAUUAAAAUUGCUCAUCCUGAUCACCGAGAAAGUUUGGAAAAAGCAGCAUUCGAGCGCCUUAAAUGCAUGCCUUCUAAAGAUUAAUCUUUCAGAUCAAUCCAAUUUAUCCGAUUAAUCGAUUCUGGUGUAUUUUUGUACAAGUAUAAUCAUCAAAUCUAUAUGUCAGAAUUAUGGUGUCAACUUUAGCAGUACAUUUCUGAAAUAUAGAUAUUAUAUGCAAGUGUCAUGCUAACCAAAGGAGAAUUAUUUUAGCUGGUGAAAUCUUUAAGCCCAAGUGCAAUGUAUUAAAACAAGUUACUUAAAGAUAUUUUCAAUAUCAGGUAAAUUUCAUCGUCCAAUGUUGCAUUCAAUUAUAAAAUGUUUCUUAUGUGCAAAUAAACUAUUGUAUUUUAAAGUCUGAA